GUGGCCUCGCCCAAACUGAAACUACAAUCAUGCGGCUACACCCACCAGAAACACGGCACACAGCUCCAUGUCGCCCCCUGGUCACCUCCCAAGGACCCAGGGAAACAGAAGUGAGCCCUAGAUAUCAGCAUAAGUCGACUUGGAGUAUGAACAUCGUGAAUUGGCUGUGGAUCUGCUGUGCUGGGGAAGUGGGGAGCUGGGCCAGACGGGGCAUGGCAGGCCAGGGGAGGUCAGCCCAGACGAGGCCCACCUGAAAGAGUUCACUACCUCCAGGUUGGGCACGGUCAAGCUGCUGGCAUGUGGGUCCAGCCACUCGGUCGUGGUUACAGCAAAUGCAGUGGAUGUGUUCUCACAAUGGGGACUGAUCGGAGUGUGUAAGGAAGCACCCUCUCCAGGGAUAAUUUGUUAAGGUGGACAACAGGAUUUUUUCAUGGGGAAAUGGCACUAGUGGACAGCUCGGUGAUGGAGAGAGGACAGUGAAGGACCGACCCGUUGAGAUCAAGUUUACAAAGGAGCAAACAAUUAAAGGAAGUGAUGCUAACGUCGAAGGGGUCAAUGUAGUGGGCGUUGCCUGUGGGAGCAGACACUCCUUCAUAUGGACAGACUCUGGGCAGGCCUACAGUUUUGGGAACAACUUUUACACCCAGCUGGGAUACGACUUCAGGAGGGCUGACUUCAAAGAGCACCAGCUGGCACCUUGCUUAUUCCAGAAUCUUCCACCGUCUCUAAGAAUAUCUCAAGUGGCCUGCGGAGAGCGACACACACUCUUUGCGCUGGACAACGGCAGUGUGGCGGCAUGUGGGAUGAAUGACUAUGGUCAAAUUGGCAGUGGCUCUAAUGAAAAAGCCGUUGUUCCUCGCUUUGUGGAGUGUCUGGAUGGAGUGUCAAAGAUCACUUGUGGGGCAAACCACAAUCUGGCACUAAGAGGUGAUGGGAGGUUGUUUCAGUGGGGCUGUGGACGGGCAUGUGGGAACACCAGGAAUAACAUCCUCUGCCCAGAAGAAGUGAAGUUGCCUGAUUCAAAUGUGAAAGACAUUGAUGCAGGAUGUUGGCACAGCUUGCUGCUUACAGAUUGUGGGAAUGUCUUCUCCUGGGGGAUGGGGCAAGAGGGGCAGCUUGGACUUGGAGAGAGCAAGACCUGUGUCUCCAUACCCUGUCUCCUUGGUUACUCACACCUAGCUGGGGUCAGACAGAUACAAGCAGGGGACAGCUAUAGUGCAGCUGUCACAGCAGAUGGAGAGCUGUAUCUAUGGGGUCGGAUCCCCCAUGUGUCCCGGGACAGUGACCCUCCAGGCUUCAGAAGAGUCUGGACCCCACAGUUUGUUCCACUUGGAGGCAGAAAGGUGUUUAAAGUGGCGUGUGGUACCUGGCAUAUGAUGGCCCUCACCACAAGGAGCAGAGACACGAAAUGGGAAUGUGCACUCACAGAAACUGGAGCUCGGUUCAAAGACCUUGUCUGCAAUCCCCCACCGAUGGAGCGCACCGAGAAGGAAAACAUAGUGCAACAGGACUUGAGGCACGUUCGAAACAAGCUGCACGGAGGUCCGGGAAAACCUGAGGGCUCUGGGGAGCAAGAGGACGAUGAAGAAAGCAAGAGUGCAGAGGAAGGAGAAGGAGACGAAGAAAGAGCAAAAGAAGAGGAGGGAGAUGGAGCGUUACACAAUCCAGCAGUUGCCGCGGCCAGGUCUCCGACGGAGAAGGACGGGGCAGGAAAUGGCCGCUCAUCAAUCAAAUCUGACAAGUGGGAUGGAGGGGAGAGUGGCAGGACAGCAGGACCAGGGGAGCUGAGGAGGGAGUGGUGCACAGCAGGAAGAGGGGGAGAGGUAGUCUUCACCACUCUGCAUCUUUUACCUAAAUCAGAGGGGCAGCGAAGGAGGCCCCGUGCCAGCGCCCUGCCCGUACUCCUGACAGGACAACAGUCUUGUCAGGGAGUUGUGGCUGAGGCUCAACAGGUAAAACCCACACACCAGUCGGAGUUGGUCCACAAAUCUGCAAGUGAUGGCUGCAUUUUGCUGAGUCCCAGGCCCAGACCCAAACCCAGACCUCCCAAUAGGUGGACAGGUCUGGAGCCUCAGACUGGUAAACCUUCUUGUUACCAUCCAAGUACAAGACCAGUCACAAGCCUAAAGAGUCUGACUUUUAACCGUUCUUCUGACCAUCUAAGCCUUGGACUAAGUGCCCAUCCGUGGGGACAGGAACAAGUUCAGAUAUUUUCCCCCCUUCCACCAGGACCACGACCCAAAAUCUCAAAAUCUCCAACUCCUUCCACUUCUGGCCUCUCCAGGCACCGUCCUAUUCUCAGACGAGCUAUUUCUUCCUCUUCUGCUUCUUGGAGAGAUGCGUCUGAGUCCAGAGAUCCGGUUCUACCCCACCCCAGACCUGGAAAAAACAGCUGAUGUGUCGGCAUUGGAGUCACAUAUGCAUAUUCACCCUUAUCUGCCAGGUUCAAUUAGGCCCUCACCAGGCUUUGUGCACUAUUUGAAAUCAUAAUCUUCUCAUCCCACAGCUGGCCAUGGAAACAAAAGGUGUACCAGACUAUGUUAUAUGACCAAGCUUUUCUGCAAAAAGACUAGAUGCUUUAUUCUCUUCAGUGACACUGGGCUUCAGUGGAAACUAAGGAUCAACCUCCACAUUUCCUCUUCCAACCUUUUAUUGUUAGUGAAGCACCUCUAACACAGUCUCCAGAUCAGCACUGACGUGCAUUACUUGACCCUAUACAAUGUUUUGGCUAAUGUAUUUUCCUCAACAUUGGCAUAAACCGUCUCAGUCAAUGUUACACAUGAACUUUGACUCCAUCUGAAAAUAUUAGAUUGUUUGAAAACGCAGUGAAAGCCCUUUAUAGGAAUUACAGCUUUUUUUGAACAUGAUUCACCCCACCUCAGUCUUCCAAGCUGCAAACUUUGUCUUAGUUUCAAUACCAGUGUUGUUUGUUAAAGACAUCAUGUUCCUUGCCUCUCUGAUCUGGCCUUCUUGUAAGACAUUUCAUGGUGCAGUGUUUCCAGGGCCGCCCGUCCCUGCUGUAUCAGUCACAUGUGCGUGCUGCCAUGGCUCUUUUAAGUGUGAGAAAUUGAUUUGAUGCAGAGAUAAUACUAUAUGAUGGGGUCUCUCUCCAAGUAAAAUAGGAUCAUUAUAGGAAACACAGCUUUUGAGUCUGCGGCCCGCUUGGUUUAGGCUGCUUUCCUCUGUUCUUCUCCUACUCUUCUGGAAAGAGGCUCUUCAUUAGCUUGUAUGCAAACUGAUCCUUUGCCACAUUGUGGACUACUACCACAUGGUAUUUCCUUGUGUCAGGAUCUUAUUAUGGGUGGCACUUACUGAAAAAGCUGUUGCAAUGUGUUCACUCUAUCUACUAUCUAAAAGCACUCAUAAAAAUAAUUUAGCACAUAAUGACAUGGUGUGUGUUUGGUUGAAACAUGUUAUUUGGUAAUGUGUUACAGUAACACCAUUAUCUCUCCCAGUAACAACAAAUACUGUUCAAAUUAAAAAAAAAAAUAAAAAAAAAAAAAAUACCUGCAUUUUUAGUCCAGCUAAAUAUCAGAUUAAAACUGAAUCAUCAAAAAUGGAUGAUUAUCUCUGUCUUCUAGUUUUUUUUUUUGGACAAACAGAACAAAGAG